UAAAAAUAGGCCACGUGGGAGAUAACGCGAUUCUAUAUAAGUUGAAAGUGAAGAAUUAGACUAAAGUUUUUUUCAAAGGCUAUUUAAUGAUUCGACAAGCUCGAGUGUCCCAUUUUACCGCAUGCUAUGACCAAACACUAACCCGCUUCUAUGCAAUCGAACUAUUUAAGGCGGGAAUUGUUUAUUUGUACUUAAUUUACAACUGCUUGUUGCCAUGGACGCCUCUGAGUUUCGAGCCAGCGCACGUGAGAUGAUUGACAUCGUCACAGACUACCUGGAGAACAUCCGAGAGCGCCCCGUGUUUCCUGACGUCACACCCGGGUACCUGAGACAGAUGUUACCGCCACGCGCGCCAGAUGAGGGGGAGACAUGGGACGAGGUCAAGAACGAUUUGGAACGUGUGAUCAUGUCUGGGGUGAGUUAAGCACAGUUUAGAGGAAGAUUUGGAAGUGUGAUAAUAUCUGGGGUGAGUUAAGCAAAGUUUAGAGGAAGAUUUGGAACGUGUGAUAAUAUCUGGGGUGAGUUAAGCAAAGUUUAGAGGAAGAUUUGGAACGUGUGAUAAUAUCUGGGGUGAGUUAAGCAAAGUUUAGAGGAAGAUUUGGAACGUGUGAUCAUGUCUGGGGUGAGUUAAGCAAAGUUUAGAGGAAGAUUUGGAACGUGUGAUGAUGUCUGGGGUGAGUUAAGCAAAGUUUAGAGGAAGAUUUGGAACGUGUGAUAAUAUCUGGGGUGAGUUAAGCAAAGUUUAGAGGAAGAUUUGGAAGGUGUGAUAUAUUUGGUAUAUUUUUGGUGCAUGCUUGGUGUAUGUUUUGUGUAUGUUUUGGUACAUGUUUGGUGUACGUAUUGGUGUAUGUAUUGGUGAAUUUGUGAUGUAUGCAUUGGUGAAUGUUCAGUGUAUGUAUUGGUGAAUGUUUGGUAUAUGUAUUGGUACAUAUUUGGUGUACGUAUUGGUGUAUGUUUUGGUUAAUGUUUGGUGUAUGUUAUUGAAUGUAUUGGUGUUUGUUUGGUGUAUGUUUGAUGUAUGUUUGGUGUAUGUUUGCUGUAUGAUUGCUGUAUGUUUUGGUUAAUGUUUGGUGUAUGUUAUUGAAUGUAUUGGUGUAUGUUUGGUGUAUGUUUGAUGUAUGUUUGGUGUAUGUUUGGUGUAUGUUUGUUGUAUGUUUGAUGUAUGUUUGGGUUAAUGUUUGGUCUAUGUAGUUGUGAAUGUUUGGUAUAUUUUUGGUGCAUGCUUGGUGUAUGUUUUGUGUAUGUUUUGGUACAUGUUUGGUGUACGUAUUGGUGUAUGUAUUGGUGAAUUUGUGAUGUAUGCAUUGGUGAAUGUUCAGUGUAUGUAUUGGUGAAUGUUUGAUAUAUGUAUUGGUACAUAUUUGGUGUACGUAUUGGUGUAUGCAUUGGUGAAUAUUUGGUGUAUGCAUUGGUUAAUAUUUGGUGUAUGCAUUGGUAAAUAUUUGGUGUAUGCAUUGGUAAAUAUUUGGUGUAUGCAUUGGUGAAUAUUUGGUGUAUGCAUUGGUGAAUAUUUGGUGUAUGCAUUGGUGAAUAUUUGGUGUAUGCAUUGGUGAAUAUUUGGUGUAGGCAUUGGUGAACCUUAUGGUGUGUUGUACAGCCUACUAUACACUUGUGGAAUGUUUUGUGUCAAGUAAGCGAGUUUCAUCUAUUAAUGGCUUUCUCUCUUUUUUUUUGGAUCUUUAACGUAAAGCAUAUAGUUCACGGUAUAGGAUGAGUUGAUUAAAAAAUGCAGUUGUACCAGUGCAACGGUUAGAGUAGGACCUUAGAGUAGAACAGGAUCAGAGUUAGUAUUUGACUUUUUAGUUGGUGUAUUCAGUUACAGUUACUUUGGUUACAGUUAUAUGUCCUCAGUUAUAUGUCCUAUAGAAUCAUACUGAAAUACAAAGAUAAGAUUUAAAAAGCAAAAUUUAUGUUGCCUUCAGGGGUAAGUUUUUUGUUGUUAUUUUUUGUGUGUGAAAUACUGAACUUAUACUAAUAAAUCAUACCCUAGACCAGGAGUUCUCAAAAAUAUACGACCCAGUAGCCUAAUUUAUGGAUGGGACAGUCCCGAUGGCCGGCCACUUCCACAAGGGGGCAGUCUUAAGUUGUAUUUACGACUACUCUACAGCGGCUUGCAUCGCUUUACCAGGCCAUCAAUUGCGAAAAAAAAAAAAAAAAAUUAGAUUACACAAUAUAUUUUGUUAAAGCAUUUGCCAUUUUUUUUGUAGGAGGCGUAAUAAUGAAACUCAACACUGUUUUAGUGGCUGAAUUCAUUUAAUGAAAAGGUUAUGUUUUUAUACGAAACAACUUUCUGUGUGAGAGAAAUUAAUUUGACUACGUCUCAAAAUGGUCCGUUAGUCAACAAAACUUUCAUUGAGUUUUUUCCCCUCCAUAUGUUUGUCUGUGAUCGUUCGGGGAGAUUUUGUCUUGAUGGUGUUCUUUCUCAAAAUGUGUGUUGAUCACAAUGUUGUCGAGAAUGUUAUCUGAUACGCUCCGAAUAGUCGGAUAUUUAAUUCUGCAACCAACUUCCACUAUAAGCGUGUGACGUCCUGGUCACGAAGCUUCAGAAUUUCAUUUCCCUGCAUAUCAGCAGUUUACAAGCUGAAGAGAAGCUUGACUUAUUGUGGGAAAUAUCGGUCGACAAAAAAUAAUUUCCUGACAGCCUAGCAUAAUCUUUCAAUCGACUUGACAACUCGUUUUUUUAAAAAUUGUUCUGUGCUGGAAAUUAACAUUAGUUUAAUUGGAUCGAGAAUCACGCACAAAUGAAACAACAACUUCAAAACCGUUUGCCUUAGAAAAUAACACACAAUGGCCAAACAGCAUCACCAACAAAGAGUUAUUGGGGAGGAAAAGCCAAGAGUCUAUAGCGGAAUACAUUUGAAGGGUUCAAGGGAAAAAACCAGUGAUGUCAGUUUUUCAAAAUUUCUAUGUUAUCUCCCUUGUGGCUACAUUCCGUUUAAUAGAAUAAUAUGAUACAUAGGUCGAACUGAAAAAGCAGCGUACUCAAUAAAUAAAUACGUAGACAUCUUGAUAUUUUCAUACUUUUAUGAGGAAUUUUAAAACUUUAAAUUCAAUUUUCUCAAAACUCUCAAAACCUGUCAUCACUGGUUUUUCCCUUGAACCCUUCAUUUGAAUACAUUGUAAGUAGAAGAUGGAGUGGAUAGGGCAUGCUCUAACACGGAAUGCUCAGGGAAGAAGAAAGAAAAGAAGGCAUAAGAAUACAUGGGGACGCGAGCUAGAGGCAGGCACAAAAAUUAUUGGAUACACCUGGAAGCAACUGGACAAUGAAAGUACAGGACCGAUAUGAAUUGAAAUUCUUUUAGAACGGAAUUUGUUCCCGCGGGGGUAGGGGGGGCACAAAAGCAUAAGUAAGUAAAUAAUGGGAUCAAGCUGUUAAUCUUUCAUAUAAAUACGCACUUUAUAUGAAGAUACAACCGCAGACUUGAUUCCAGUUACGGCCAAAUGGUUCCAAAAUUCAUCUGAAAGGAAUAUUACAAUUCUGAUGAAGCUCCAUGAGCUAUGCAAGUUUCAUUGCAUCAUUUUAGCCAAUCUCCUGAUCAGUUUUGAACACAAAACUGAUUGGUGAAUAUUGCUGUGAUGUCAUCUCAAUUUCGGUUCACCUGGCUUAAGACAACUGGCAAGACAUUAGGUCAUUCCCUUUCUCAGAUUUUGGAACCAAAUUUUUUCAGAGAGAAAAGUUUCUGACAUCAAGUUCAUUUUAAGAUCCUUUAUAUUAACUUCCAUUUAAUUCGUGGCUGUCUAUCAAAAUCUUCGGACGGCUAAUUGACCCACUUCCCAUUACCCUACCAAGCAGAACACUUGGCACAUAGACUCUUUUCUGAUAACACACGUUCUUUCAGGAUUUCAACCACAACUCUUUAACCCCACCACCCCCAAAUCGAAAAAAUAUUUUAAAAAAUCAGUUUUUUAAUAUUUUUAAAUGAGAAAAUGAAGGAAAUAUGAUGACACUGAUGUCACGAAAUAAAAGUCCCGAUAACUGCGCUCAACGAGAUUGUAAAAACCAAGCGCGUUUAGUGCCUACUAUUUUCUUUUGUUAGUCUGAAAAGAGUUGUUGAAAUAAAUCUGCGGCGUAAAAGGGGGGCUAAUCUUUAGAAUACUACUAUAGUUCUGGGCCGUGAAAAGAAAUGUUUGGUUGCGGGCCUUUGCAGGGAGGCGGAGCACACAUUGGGAUUCUCGUCAAGUGCUCUCUACUUGUUGUAUGCGUGUUUUGUCAAAUUUUCAGUCCCCACCCCCAUUGCUCCAUCUUAAAUUUUAUAAAGGAUUUAUACGAAAAAUGUUUUUAAAAGUUACAAGUGUUCAAUUUUUUAAACAUUUUUAAAAGAGUUUUUUUUUUUAAUAUAUUGAGCUUUAGUCCCUUUGAAUGUUAAAAGGCCAAAAAAAAAAUAUCCUGAAACUAAAUAUGUAAAAAUUAUAUAGACAAACAAAGAAGCAAGGUUUAAUUCAUACUUUUAGUUUAAGAAAUGGUAUGGGAUUAAAUGUGAGCUAUUCGAUAUCUCAAAUGAUGUCAUUUUAGACCUAAAUUCAAUUUGUGAAAAUGUCUGAUUAUCAUUGCGUUUUUUAAUUUUUUUAUAAGGUUUAGGUAAUAAAAAAAAGUUUCAAAUUAUAAAUUUAAAUAACUUAAUGUCAAGCGUUUAUCUGUAAUGGACUAAUAACACGAGUUCUUUUGAAAAAAAAAAGUCUAACCUAUCUCUCAAAAUGUGUCGAUGUUCAUAUAUUUACCCCUUAAACAUUAUUAAUUAUAAGGUUAAUUACACCAAUUACACAAUUAAAAAAAAUAAAUAUAAUUCACAUUUUCAAUUUUAUGUCCUCAGGUGAACCACUGGCAGAGUCCCAACUUUUAUGCUUACUUUCCCACCGGUAACUCAUACCCAUCGAUGCUUGGCUCCAUGCUCACUGAUGGAAUAAGUACAUUGUGUUUCUCAUGGGUAAGUAUAUAAGCAAUGUGUUUCCCAUGGGGGAGUUUAUAAGCAAUGUGUACGCAUUGGUCAGUUUACACGUCAUGAAUUUGUUUAAUAUAAUUCACAUAUUGUGAGUUGAAUAAAAUGCAUUUUUUUUGGAUACAUGUUUGUCAAGUAACUGUAGUAGAUUAACGCAUAUUCGUCGCAAUUGUUUGUGGGCUUAUUUCUAUUAUUAAUGAUUAAAAGUGAUAUCUUUGAAGCAGGCCUGCACAACAUACGGCCAGUGGGCCGCAUGUGGCCCGCCAGCACCCUCUUUGCGGCCCGCGAAGUAACGAAAUAUUAUUUAUUCUUAUUAUUUUCUUAAUAGCUUUUCCCACCUGUCCUAUUUUCUUUUGACCCGCACAAGUCCUGUCCUAUUUUCUUUUGGCUCGCACAAGUUUUUCAAAAAAUAUUACGGCCAUGGGCACCAGCAGGGGGGGGGGAAGGGGGGAACUUGCCCCCUCCCCCUAGAUUGCUUGGAUAAAAUUUUUUUAGACAAAAUAGACAAAAAAAUUAUUAAAGUAAAGAGAAAAUAAAGAGAAAGUAACUAAGCUGAUGUCCUGUCCGUUCUUUCCCCAUACAAAUACGCUACAGUAAAUUAAAACUACAUUAAAACAUUACUAAAUUUUUUUUUGACCCAACCCCCCCCCCCGGAAAGUUAAUCGAUUUUUUUGGCCUCCCCCCCACCUAGAAAGUUUUCUGCGGGCGCCCAUGAUUACGGCCUGCCUUACAUUUUGAGUUGUGCAGGCCUGCUCUGAAGGAAUACAUUUAGUCGGAUGGUAUUUUAUCAGUCAAUAACAACGGGUUUUUUUUGUAUAGUUUUUUUAUUACCGCUGUAAAAACAAUUAACUAAACACAUUUUCUAAUAAGGAACGUAUUUAUAAUUUUUUAAGUUAUUAUGCAUAAGACAAGUGCUCACAAUGUCCCGUCUCAGAAUUCCUGCCCCGUCGGUACAGAGCUUGAGGUCACUAUGAUGAACUGGCUUGCUGAUAUGAUCGGUCUUCCUGACGCUUUUCAUUUUCACCCCGGUGGCAAAGGUGGCGGUGCAUUACAGGUAGUCCCAUGCUUUGCCCGAGUGGCUGUACAUUACAGGUAGUCUCAUGCUUUACCCGAGUGGCUGUACAUUACAGGUAGUCCUAUAGUUUACCCGAGUGGCUGUACAUUACAGGUAGUCCUUAGCUUUGCCCGAGUGGCUGUACAUUACAGGUAGUCCCAUGCUUUACCCGAGUGGCUGUACAUUACAGGUAGUCCUAUGGUUUACCCGAGUGGCUGUACAUUACAGGUAGUCCUUAGCUUUGCCCGAGUGGCUGUACAUUACAGGUAGUCCCAUGCUUUACCCGAGUGGCUGUACAUUACAGGUAGUCCCAUGCUUUACCCGAGUGGCUGUACAUUACAGGUAGUCCCAUGCUUUACCCGAGUGGCUGUACAUUACAGGUACUCCCAUGCUUUACCCGAGAGGCUGUACAUUACAUGUAGUCUACUGAUUUAAAUAUAUGAGAUGUAAAUCAUGAUGGCUAUCAUAAACAGACCCUAGUGUAACUGGUGGGCUGUGUUAAAAAUGCAUUAUAGUGGUUCAUGUUAUAGUGCAACCGAUACACAGGGGAAAAAAAAUUGUUAUGAAAGCAGCUGUUGUGAAUAAUGGUUAGUGAAUAGUGUUGCCGUUAAAUGGUUAAAUCAGAUGAGGAAAUCAGUAAAUGAUUAGAGUUUAUUAAUUUUUUUUAAAAAGACUUUUAUUUUUUUUUUCACUGGCAUUUCCAUCUUCUUGUCAAAUCGUAUUUUAUUUUGUAUACACACGUGACUCUACCAAUGAGUUGAUCGUCUGUCUCUUAAAGUGUUCACCUGGUUAACGGCAGCGGGGGUGGGGGGGGUUAAUGAAGGGGUGGGGGAAUAGUUGUUCCGAAGGCGUUAGGGGGCAAGGUUGCGGUAAGUUGGUUUGAGGGAGAAGGUGCGUUGGUGUGUGAUGGGGGAAACCCCCAAGUUAACCUCUGACUAUGCUUUACCUGAGUGGUUAAUACAGAGGGUUCCGUGAAAUACGCGCACACGACAAACGCGCGCACGAUAAUCGCGCACAGAAAAUUCCGCAAAGACAAAGCUGCGCACAGGAAAACUGUGCACACCGACUGUUGCGUACUCAGAAAAUUCAGUACACCGACUAAAGCGUGCACGGAAAAUUGCGCACACUGACAAUUGCGAACCAUGACAAUGGCGAACACAUUCAAAUGCGUAAAAUGUAAUUUUAAGUUGUAAUUGUAAAUUCAUUAAAGAGUUGAAAAGGUUGUUGUUGGUCAUCAGCGUAAAAGACUAGUCGGCAAUUAUAAGGGGCUAGGGUUAAAAAUACCCGGUAAUCAUUUUAAAGAAGAAAAACUAAUUUUUAAAAUUAUACUCAAAGACUAUACACACAUUUAAUAAUUAUAGUAGUAAUUAAUUAUCUACGUAACAAUAGAUUUAUUACACCAAAUGUUAAAUUUUUACUUUUAAAUUAUAGUCGCAAUAAGCAAAAUGACACCUGUAACUGUAGGCGUAAGCAGUGUUAUAUUUUUAAUUCCAUAGACAAUUAGUAGGCCUACGUUGGCCCAUAAAGUCGUAAUGAAGUAUUAUAAUUAUAGUUUAAAAUAAUCGUCCUAAGUAUUUUAGUUUUAUUAAUUAUAAUUUAAAAUAAAUCUUCCUACCCUUAGGCCUAGUCUAAGCCUAAUUAUGUUUCAUUAUUCAUUAUAGUUUAAAAUAAUGGUCUACCUUCUAGUGCCUAAGCCUAAUUGAGUUUCACAAAGUAGUUAAAAAUAACGGCCCUAAGUUAUAGCCUAUAGAAUGCUCUUUACGCAUAAAGAUAAUGCGAAUAUCAUAUACUUGCGAUAUUAAUAAGUCAAAAAAAAAAAAAAAGAAAAUAUUAGCCAAUUUUNAUGAAUUGUAUGUGAUGAUUUGUUGAAUGUUUUCCUUUGAAAUAAAAAAAAAACAACCUAUAAUUAUUAACAAUAGUUGAAUAUUUUAAAUUUUUGAGGGUUUGCAUGAAAUUUAAAAUCUUGUCUAAAUUACUUGAAUGUAGCUUGAAUGUGCGCUAUAAUUCUCAGAAAAAAUAUUUUCUUUCGCUAUUUAAGUUUUUUUUUUUUUUUUUUUGGUUAAAAUUAUGUUUAAAUUCAUUGUUUAUCAUACUGUCUCACUGAUUCGUAGACUUUUAUUUUUCCCAACAUUCUUUUGUGCUUGAUAGGAUACUGAACUGAACCAUGUUAAAUCUAAAAAUGUGGCUCAAAAUAAAUCUUAAUUAAAAUGUGCGCAUUUUUGUGUGUUCGCUAUUGUCAAGGUUCGCAAUUGUCCGUGUGCGGAAUUUUCUGUCCGCAUUUGGCGGUGUGCGCUGUUUUCUAUGUGCGCAACUCUCGGUGUGCGUUGUUUUCUGUGUGCGCAUCAGUCGGUGUGCGCAGUUUUCCUGUGCGCAAAUAUGUAUUUGCGGGUUUUUCUGUGCGCGUUUAUCGUGUGCGCGUUUGUCUAGUGCGCAUAUUUCUGGUCACCGAUACUGAGUGUGUGUUGAGACGACUUCUGGAAUGUCGUUACCACUUUUUAAUUCUAAAAAAAAAAAGGCAAAUACAAAAUUGAUAAUAAAAGGGUAAAUAAAAAAAGGACUUCCUAUCAAAGACGCGUUAAACGCCACGAAUCCUUUGGUUACAUAAUGUGCUCAUCGACGCUCUGCGAAAAUUUUCUUUGUAAAUGCAUGUUUAAACAUUUUUAAUUUUUUAAAAAUUUUUAAUGCGUUUAAACUCGUUUUUGAUGGACUGUCAUUAAAAAAAAUAAUAAAAUGGUUAUAGAUAUAUUUUUUUUUUUUACUCUCAGAUUAUACCUGGUUUAACUAUUGCAUUUGACAAUCCGGACACAGCCUUGUAAGUUUGGCUUGUACAAAACUAACAGAAAAAAAGGUUAAACAAACAAUCCUUCCAUAUAGUUUCUGGACCUUGCGGUUAAGCUUAUAACAGUGAGAUUCUUAUUUUUUUCCAGGGAUCAGCCAGUGAGGCAACACUGAUCGCUCUCUUGUCUGCAAGAAAUGUUACUUUGCUAAAUCUCAAAGAAAAGGAUCCGGCUCUGACCACUGGUCAGAUCAUUGACCGACUGGUGGCGUACACAUCUGAGGAGGUGCGAAGGAAUACUAACUUUCUUUAUCAUUUAAUAUACAAUGAAUAAUAUCUAUAGGGUCUUUAGCCUUCAAUAAACUCACCUGCGUCUUCAGCCUUUAAUAAACUCACCUGCGUCUUCAGCCUUCAAUAAACUCACCUGCGUCUUCAGCCUUCAAUAAACUCACCUGCGUCUUCAGCCUUCAAUAAACUCACCUGCGUCUUUAGCCUUCAAUAAACUCACCUGCGUCUUCAGCCUUCAAUAAACUCACCUGCGUCUUUAGCCUUCAAUAAACUCACCUGCGUCUUUAGCCUUCAAUAAACUCACCUGCGUCUUUAGCCUUCAAUAAACUCACCUGCGUCUUUAGCCUUCAAUAAACUCCCCUGCGUCUUUAGCCUUCAAUAAACUCACCUGCAUCUUUAGCCUUCAAUAAACUCACCUGCGUCUGCAGCCUUCAAUAAACUCACCUGCGUCUGCAGCCUUCAAUAAACUCACCUGCGUCUGCAGCCUUCAAUAAACUCACCUGCCUCUUUAGUCUUCAAUAAACUCACCUGCGUCUUUAGCCUUCAAUAAACUCACCGGCGUCUUUAGUCUUUAGUAAAAUAACCUGCAUCUUAGACUUCAGUAAACUAACCAGCAUCUUAGGCACGGUAAACUAACCUGCAUCUUAGCUUUCAAUGAACUCGCCGGCGUCUUUAGUCUUUAUUAAACUAACCUGCAUCUUAGCCUUCCGUAAACGAACCAACAUCUCAGCCUUCAGUAAACUAAUCCGCAUCUUAGCCUUUAGUAAACUAAUCCGCAUCUUAGCCUUUAGUAAACUAACCCGCAUCUUAGCCUUCAGUAAACUAACCCUUUAGUAAACUAACUAAUUAUAAAAAGUGUUGGACUGAAAUAAAGCUCCAAAAUAGAUUAAUAAGACACGAACACAUUUUAUCAAUAUAACAAUAUUAGUUACGCUUUAAUAAUAAAUAUACAUUUUACACAAGUAAACGUUUCGGCACAUGUCUUCUUCAGUACGAACAAAAAAACACAUUUAAAUAAGUAUAAAUUAAAUUUACAUAAUAUAAAUAUACAUAUCCUGCCUAAAUAAGACAAAAAUAGGAGAGGGCGCUAAAACCAGACAAAAACAAAGUAAAGAGGAAUAGAAAGGAAGUGAUUUGAACAUAAUUGUAAAAACCAAACAGGAAAAAGACAUGGAAGCUAAGCAAAAUUGCGGAUUUGGUUAAUUCCAUAUGGAGACAACGUACCAAAUCUUGUUAUUAAUUUGUUCUCCUUAUAGAUUCUAUCUGUAGUGUCUUAUUAAUCUAUCUUUAGUAAACUAACCAGCAUCUUAGCCUUCAAUAAACUAAGCCGCAUCUUAGCCUUCGAUAAACUGGACAGCAUCUUAGCCUUCGAUAAACUGGCCAGCAUCUUAGCCUUUAGUAAACUAACCCGUAUCUGAGCCUUCGGUAAACUAACCACAUCUUAGCCUUCAGUAAACUAACCAGCAUCUCAGCCUUCAGUAAACUAACAAGCACCAUAGCCUUCAUUACACUAACCUGCUUCUUUAGCUCUUAAUAGACUAACCUGCAAUUUUAGCUUUGAAUUUGCUAGCUAGAGAACACGUUUAAAGAUAUUUCAGAGAAAUCUGACACGCUUCACAAUAAAAGGCAGACAUUGUUAAAAAGUUGAUUUAUAAUAAAAUGUUGGCGAGUAGAGACCGACCGAACUUCGGCUGCGAUUUUGGCGCCGAAAGUUGCCAUUUGAUCACUAUCGGCCUAAGUUUCGAUUUAGGCCGAAACUUAAAAGUUAACUCUCGGCUUCAUUUCGGUUUCGGCCGAAACAGGAAAUCACUUUCGGUCCGCCUCUAUCCCUGAGUCAGACUGAAUCUAUCGAAAGGCGAAUUAACAUACAAUUUAAAGGUUUAGUCCUUUCUGAUGCAUUUAUUGUGAAAUUUGUUUUAGGGCCAUAGCUCUGUUCAACGGGCAGCCCUUUACGGCCUGGUAGAGAUGCGAAUCUUACCAGUCGAUGACAAAGGAGCUCUGCGUGGUCCAGUGCUGAAGGCAGCCAUAGAGAAAGACAUAGGUGCUGGACUUGUUCCUUUCUUUGUAAGUUGCAUGUGCAUGUGUGUCCAUUUCACCAGUCUUUACACAACGCUUUAAAUUAUAAAUAGAGAUUCCUUUACAUUAAAUCUGAGCAAACGCUUGGGCCUCGCGAAACCCCCGCGGUCUCAGGGGCUUCAAAGGUACACAAUUCCCAAAUUAUAAUUCGGAUAAAUGUAAAUGUAAAUGAUAAACAUAGAAAGCAAAAAAAAAAAGUGUGUGGGGGGGGGGUGUGGAAGCCGAAAAGUUGUUAAUAGGGCUCCAAAAGUCACGCGACGACUCCUCUGCAUUUAAUGAUUAGAAAAAAGGUAUUCAACCUAGGCUAAACAAUUUAUAGACACUGGCAAAGUGCGUCAUCCCAGAUAGAAUAACAUAAAGGGCGUCGACUUUAGACAGUUGCAAAGAGAAUCGACAAUAGACAAGAUAAACUUUGUCGUACGGUGGCCUUCACUUGUUGUACCAUUGUACAAUAUAUGGUGUCCUCUCUUAUGAUUGCAAUGAUACAAUUAAAUAACCACGCCGUUUUCACCCGGUGUAAUUUAUACGAUAUAUUUUAUUUUCUCCAAUUAUACAGUAAGGAAUAUAAUUCUUUUAAAUAUCAAUCACUGUAAGGGCGUCUACUCUAGAGGGUUGCAAAGAGAGUCCAGUGUAGACAGUUGCAAGCAGCUUCCAGUUUAGAAAGUUGCAAAGAGCGUCCACUUAUCGUACUCAAAGCGGGUUGCCUUCAGUUUUGACACGAUGUGCGCCGUGUGAAGACAUUACAAUUUAUUGACGUCCUCUCUUAAGAUUGCACACGAGUCCAUUAACCAACAGCGUCCUCUUCUCCAGGUGUGCGCCACCAUCGGUUCAACUGGCACUUGCGCGUCGGACGACCUAUCAGAGCUGGGCCCAAUAUGUAAGUGAAUUUGAAAAAUGGCUUAGUUAUUUGAGACAGCACCACGGUUUAUUAACAAAGUUAAUUUUAACAAAGCUCCUCUUGAAUUUUGUAUAACUUAAAAGAUUUAAAAAAAAAAAUAUUUAUAAUCAAAUUACGUGAUCUUAACCUGGUCUAGGCAUGACAUUUGCCAUGUCUGAGAUACUCUAAGCUUAACAGUAGCUGGGAAAAUUUUAAAGCUAAAAGUGAUGAAAUGUUUAAUGGAAGUCUUUUAAAUAAAGAUCAUCAUCUUCAUGGCACCCAUGCGGACCGGCUUGCGCACGGGGGAAGACAAUGGAAUUUCACCUCAAUUUCUGGGCUGCGUCUGUAUGGAGCUGUCAGAUUUAUAUAGCACGGACCUUGUCUAUAGGCCAAUUGAAAACUUAAUUGAAUGUAUACCUUUAAGAUAAGAUUAUAUUGGGUGGAUGAGCGGUUGAAACUGAGUCAAUCCUAUGCUUGAGUUCAAGCCCCAAAAUAAAUCGUAGACAAGCAAAAAAAAAAAAAAAAAAAAAAAAACAAAAAAAAAAAGCUAAAAAAAAAAAAAAAAAAAAAAAAAAAAAAAAAAACCCAAAAAAAAAAAAAAUCCUAAUGAAUGGGACUCGUUAACCGUGGAUGGCAUCUCAUCUAAUAGAAGACAAAAUCUAAAAUCAUACCCGGAGAUGGAGUCCCGUAGGUGGCAUGACAUUGCCACAAUGAAAACUCGGACAACUUAGUAACGCAGAAUGCAUAAAGAGCACAAAGAAAUACGUAAAAAGAAAACCGCUGGUCAUCCACUGCAUCCUGGUCUAUUUCUAAUCGUCCUGACGAAGUCUUGCCUUUUGAUCAAACAGGCAACGACGAGAGAGCGAGGCGGACGAAUUGAGCAACUCUGCCUCACUUAAAAUGAAAUACAGCUCAAGUCAAGGCUACAAUUCAAGUCGAAAAUUAUUCCGGUCAUCUUCGCGGGCUAAGGGCGAACAUGAAUAUGACAUGCAUCAAGACGGGCAUAUUUAUGAUUAUGAUAAUAACUGUUUCAAUAACACGAAAUUCUGUAAAUUUGCAAUGACAGGUAACCAGUUCGACAUAUGGCUGCACGUAGACGCUGCCUACGCUGGCAGUGCCUGCAUCUGCCCUGAGUUCAGGUAUCUGCUGAACGGCAUACAGGUGAGUUUGUUAGCAUUAAUUCUGUGAGACUUAUCUUUAUAUUUCGGCCAGCGUUUCCCAAAUGGCAGGGACGUGACCCGGUACGGGGCAACAACAUUACUCAUACUAGCGACAAACAUUGGCGGAAGCAAUGCGUGAACUUCCCAUCUACUAAAGUUACUUGACAAAACCGUGAACUCAAGUUACGCACAUUUAAAAAUGCCAAUUUUGCUACACCUCCCCCCCCCCCCUUUUUUUUUCAUGAUACGUCACUGCACACUUUUUAAUUUCACGCCCAUGAACUCUAUAAAUAUAGCUGGCCCGCGGCGUAGCAUACGUCGCAGAAUUGCUCGCUGGCUCAGAGCUUGUUGGGGUGUGCACAUGGCUGACAAGCGAGGGUGGUGCAGGAGGGGGGGACGGACGUUAGUUCCACCGCAAGGCAAGGGGACGGUUUGCCUGCUUCUUGCUUGCUAUGGCGUAUCUAUAUAUAGCCUGCAUGGUCAUCGUCUUCUUGCUUGUCUUACUUUCUGUCGGAUUAUAUAUAUAUAUAUAUAUAUAUAUANAUAUAUAUAUAUAUAUAUAUAUAGAUACUGGGUCAUGAAUUAUUUUUUCGAAUGCAAGCUCAGUUUUUUGCGCCCCCCCCCCACCAUUAAAUAUCGCCAGAUGCAUGGAAUGUGUGGACCAGUAAUCAGAGAAUUUUUUGGAUCUGAGAAAAAAAAAGUUAGCUUCCUUUUCUCCAAACCUGAAUUAAAAUUUAAAAUAAAUUAAACAAAAAAAGUCUCACACUUCCCAUUAAUCAAUGCUAUACCAGAUUUUUUAAAUAGUCCAUGCGUUUUUUCUAAAUUGUAAUUUAUACUAAAGUGGAUUAAAUUUAAAUUAAAUUGUAUAGCCCAGAAAAGUUAUCACCCUUUUAAUGGGUCAAGGAGGAAAAGUAUAACACUAUAAACGGACCACGCAAAAAAGAAAACUUCGGGUAACGCUGCAUUAGGUGGAAAGGAAGUAUUUGAACAUUUAUGAACUUUCAUGUUCAUGUAUUGCCUCGUUCAUUUUGUUUAAUGCUACUCAAAUGCAGGGGGUCUCCAAACUACAGCCCGCGUGCCGCAUGUGGCCCACGAUUCCCUUUCAUGCGGCCCGUAGAGAACUUUUUGUCGACGGAAAAAAAUUUCGGAAAUUUACGUGUAUCCUGCCAAGAUCAGCCGCCGCUUGCAUGGGUGUGAUGUUUUUACCGCAUUGAAAUAGAGGCGCGCAGUGGUGCGUUAUGUUUUACAACCGAUCAGAACAUUGCAAAACAAAACGUCAUUCGCUGCUUAGUCUUUCUCCUACCGUUCACAGUCAAUGAGAUGAUCUAGCGCCAUCUACGCGGCAGAGUUUGUAAAUGGUUUGCUGCGUGUUCAAGACUUGAUGAUUUUGAUCACAGUUUGACAGUUGCCGUUGACUGCUGCGAUGAGGAGGUGUUGGUGUCAGUUAGCGUCUGAUUGCGUAACAUGUUGCACUCUAUUUUUAUUUAGUGAUAAUUGCCUUCGCGUAAUUACUUAUCACUGUGUUUAAAGUAUUAGGAAUGUCGUUACUUUAGUAAGAAUUUUUCGAAUAUUCUAACGAGGAAAAAUGAAAAGCAACAAUCUCUCUACCAUAAGGGGGCUUCCAUUAAUAACAUUAACAAAAUAGGGGGGGGGGGGCGGGAAGGGUUUGGCAAUGCUUGACAGCUAAUGACAGGGGGAGGGAGAGGGAUUUAGAGUAGUUGACGUCAACAAUCAUGUUUUCUCUAUUAAAAUUUUAAUCUUAAAAAUUGACUGUUAAUUAUUACAUUAUUUUAAAAAUUUCCAUUAAUAACAUUAACAAAAUAGGGGGGGGGGGGCGGGAAGGGUUUGGCAAUGCUUGACAGCUAAUGACAAGGGGGGGGAGAGGGAUUUAGAGUAGUUGACGUCAACAAUCAUGUUUUCUCUAUUAAAAUUUUAAUCUUAAAAAUUGACUGGUUAUUAUUACAUUAUUUUAAAAAAUUUAUAAGUGUAAAUGAGUGUAAAUAGUCAUAUAAUUGUUAUGCCGUUGAUAUAUCUUUGCACACUAUAUUCAGGUAAGUUUAAUUUAAGAAAUCAUACAAAAUUUUAAAAAUUGUUUCGGGUCAUGUGCAGCUAUAAAUGCGACGAAAUUAGUUUGCCUUAUCAGGUUCUUUGAGCGAUAUUUUUUGCUAGAUAUUUUCAGUUUCACUAUUUAUUCAUGUUUAAUUCACUUUAUCUUAUUUCCCAGCGAUGGCCGAUUAGAGGAAAAUAAAAAUAGACGAUGAGUGUCGGGAAUUUCAAUAAGAAUGGUGUUUGAAAUACUUCUUCAUCAAAUCCGGCGAGAAAGCAUCGUGUGUGAUUUGCAACGAAACCGUGGCUGUGAUGGAAGAAUACAACCUGCGCCGUCAUCAUCAAAGUAAAGAUCAGGAAAAAUAUGCACAAUAGGAGGGUCAAGUCCGUGCUGAAAAUGUUUCUAAAUUACGAAAUCAACUCACAUCUCAGAGGGCAUUGUUCAGUAAAUCCUCAAAUGAAAAAGAAUCCUUAACUAAGGCCAGUUAUAAAGUUGCACACGUCCUGGCUAAAAGUUGCAAACCGUUUACAGAUGGUGAAGUAGUGAAGAAAUGUUUGUUGGUGGUGGCUGAGGUCAGACAAGUCAAAUUAAUUUGAAAAUGUAGCUUUGGGUACAAAUACAGUUGCCCACCAUGUUGCAGACAUGGGUGAAAAACAUUGUGACUCAAAUAGCGAAAAAGACAAGCAAGUUUCGCCCUUUUUUCAUUUACAAUGGAGGAAUAGUUGGACAGCUGUUCCACCUCUCAACUGCUUGUUUUUAUUAGAGGUGUGGAUGAAGACAUGAACAUAAAACAAGAACUGGCUUCCCUACAUAGUAUGUAUGGCACUGUCACCGGAAAGGAUAUUUUCAGUGAGUUGAAAAAAACAUUUGCUGAUUAUAACUUGGACUGGACUAACCUCAGUUGCCUGACUGUUGAUGGAGGAAAGAACAUGAGUGACAUAAGGAAAGGCUAGGUUGGACGAGUGAAGCACGUGUGUAGUGAGAAAAACAUUCAUAAACAAUAUUCCUUCACUGUAUGAUUCACUGGCAAUCUUUGUGUGCUAAAUAUGUGGACAUUAGCAGUGUACUGAAUCCUGUGGAAAUUAUGAUGAAUUUAAUAAGGUCACAUGGGCUCAACCGUGGACAGUUCAGAGACCUGUUGAAAGAUACGGACACAGAAUCGAAAGAUUUACCAUAUUCCACAGCAGCAAUAAGAUGGCUAAGUUGUGAGAAAGUUCAUGAGCAGAGUAUUUAAGUUAAGAAAGGAAAAAAGGAAAUAGGUGACACACUGGAAAGUAAAGGCAAGCCACAGCCAUUACUGUCUGAUGAAGAUUGGGUGUGGAAAUUGGCAUCUGUUGCAGACAUAACUAGUCAUUUAAAUUUUCUUAACCCGAUUUUCGGCGCCCAGGAGAGGGAAAUCUAGUUUCUGAUCCAUCCACCCACCUUCAGAUCCAAACUCAUCUUGUUUUUUUUUUUUUUGAACAAGUCAGUACAGAGCAACGACUUGGCACACUUUCAGCAGUGCAAGGUCUUCAUAGUUGAAGCAACAGCGUAGUUCCCCAUGCGAGAUCAUCAAAGACCUCCUGCUGCAGUUUCAGCAGUGGUUUUAUAAUUGGAUUCAACCCAGAAGAAGUGAGAAUGUUUCAAAACCCAUUUGAAGCAGAUCUGGCCAGUUGUCCAGAUGAACUGCAGCUGGAGGUCAUUGAGUUGCAAGCAAAUGACCUCCUAAUGGACAAAUUCGAAGAACGACUGGUGGGUUUUUCCAGUUUUUGCCCAAGGAAGACUUUCCUAAUGUCAAAACUUUUGAUUCAAUCUUUGACACAACAUACCUGCGUUAACAAACAUUUUCAAGAAUGAAAUACGUGAAGAACAAUUUGAGAACAAACAUGUCCGAUGAAAAUCGCAGGUCACUGUUGGUGUUAGGGACAUCAAAUCUAAAGCCAGAAAUGUCUGCUAUUUUGGCAUCCAGGAAACAAUUUUACCAUUCCCACUAAUACAUGAAUUAUGUAUUGUGUUGCUUAUGGUUGAAAUGGCUAGAAAGACUUUGCAAAUGUAUGCCUGUAAUUAGUUUUUGUAGUGUUGCGUUUGUUUUAAAUGUGGUAAGUUAUAGAUUUGUUUUUUGUUGACUUUGUACCGCACUUCGAGCCUUUGGGGAUGAAGCGUGUUUUUGAAAUGAACUUUAUUAUUAUUAUUAUUAUUAUGAAUUCAUUUGUAGUGCUUCGAUGUGUUAUCAAAUAAUAGCAGAAUUAAAUACUAUUAAAAAAAAAUAAUUAAAAACAGCAUCAAUGUUUUGAUUCUUUUUUAUUUGGACCUGGAGUUUGGUGUCGGCUCUUUGGCAUUUAGUGUGUAGUCGGCCCCCGAACUGCUUUUAGUUAAUGCGGCCCUCGGGCUGUAACGUUUGGAGACCCGUGCUCUAAUGUGAUGGUAAUUGGGGAGGGAUUGAGCGUCGAAUAUCGAGAGUUUUAAAAGCGUGUCCACUAUAGAAAGUGGAAAAGAACGUGAACUAAAAACAUAUGCAAAUCGUCCAUUUUAGACAGUUUCAUUUUUUAAGACCUCUUAAACUAAUGGACGGAUGGACUGAUCUAGCAAUGUGUAAAUUGUAUUGUAAAAUGAAUUGUUUCUUCUGAUAACCCACACGUGGCUCAUUCAAUCUUUCAUUCUUGACAUAGCACGUGACGUCAUUCAACUUUGACCCCCACAAGUGGCUGCGCGUCAACUUUGAAUGUUCAGCCAUGUGGUGAGUUGCCCAUUUUGUUAUGGUCAGAUGAUUGUAAACGGAAGACAGUUAACUGUAGGCACUUUGUUUCAGUUUGAAGUGUUACCUUUUAAAGAAUUGUUCCCUUAGUUAGGUCAAGAAUGCUUCUCAAUCUAAACACGUGACCCGAAUUGUCGGAUAUACUGAACUCCUGCCGUAAGGUAAGAUUUAUUUAGAGUAGUCUACAUUACGGUGGUCCUCAAAUGGGGUUGAGACUUUGUUUCCAACUCAAACUCACGGUAUCAGUGAUUAUUUCAGAAAUGUCCCUCCCGGGGAUGCAUUUCUGAUUUUUUCGUUGGGGGGGGGGGCAGUGCCAGAUGCGUAACGAGGAGAGGGCAGGGGGGAUAGAUGUCCCUGGGCGCCAUGUAGUUAGGGGCGCCAAAAUAAGCUUUGAGAUUAUUUUAUUGAUCAAAAUAAUGGCCUUGAGUGUUUCCAACUCAAACUCACGGUAUCAGUGAUUAUUUCAGAAAUGUCCCUCCCGGGGAUGCAUUUCUGAUUUUUUCGUUGGGGGGGGGGGCAGUGCCAGAUGCGUAGCGAGGAGAGGGCAGGGGGGAUAGAUGUCCCUGGGCGCCAUCUAGUUAGGGGCGCCAAAAUAAGCUUUGAUAUUAUUUUAUUGAUCAAAAUAAUGGCCUUGAGAGUUGAAAAAAAGAAAAAGGGGCGCUUUAAAAUGGAUCUUGUCCUAGGGCGCGAAUCUUGUCCCUGGGCGCCAAACACCCUCGCUACGCCUCUGGGCAGUGACAGCAGUGCCAGUUGUUAUAUUGUUGGACAUAAUAAUAAUAAUAAGACGUCUUAUAUAGCGCGGUACCCCAGCCUAGGGCUGGGCUCACCGCGCUGUACAUAAACAUUUUAUCAAAAGAGACAUAAUCAUGACAUUAAAAUAAAAUAUUUUUAUGAAAAAAAGAACAGCAAUGUAUAUUCACCCACCCCACCACAUAACUUUUACAAGACACACCAUGGACGGCAGCCAGCAAGAUCAUUUAUUUGUUCCGGGGGGGGGGGCACUUGGCCCCCCCCUCCGAGAUAUACCUGAAAGAAACCCUUCCAGGUAUGCGAUGGGAAAUUACUACUAACGAUAGUGUACCUUGAAGGGUUGAGAAUCGGUCUACUCUUCAUAUACGGUUAAUAAUAAUCCUAAACAGUAACUUUUACUGGACUUGCUUCUGUACAGGCUUGCUUCUUCGCGCAGUAACACGAUACGUCCACAGGGGUUAAAUCGGAAAAGCAGAGGCGUAGGAAAGGGGGAGGGGGUUGAGAAAGGGGAAGGUCCUAAUCGAGUUGAACUUUUUUUCCUUAUAUUGAGGUGUGCACCAUCUGCACAUUGCAGAAGUGAUUUUUUUUUGUUUUUUUUUUGUUGAAUGGGGUGGCAAGAAGUUGGCACGCCCUGGGUGGUACUAAACCUAGCUACUGGUAUAACGAGGUCGGAAGCCGUCGGCCACCGUUUCUCCUUAAGUAGAUUAGAUUAGACCAGGUCAGCACAACACACGGCCCGCCGGCCGAAUGCGGCCCAUCAGCACCCACUUGGCGGCCCGCGAAGUAACAAAACAUUCUUUAUUAUUAUUUUUUCUUAACCGCUCCCCCCCCCCCCGUCCUAUUUUCUUUGGGCCCGCAAAAGUUUUUCAUAAAGUAUUACGGCGGCCCGUUUUUUUGGUACAUUUUGAGUUGUGCAGGUCUGGGUUAGUGUUGUGAACGAGAUUGGUGUGAAUGUUGGGUUGGGGGGGGGGGAGUGUUGAUCGUGAGAGUGUAUUGUGAGUUGUUGAUCAUGUGGUCGGAGCGUGAAGUUGGUGCGUGCUAUUGAGUUAGUGUAUGCCGAGGUUUUGGUGUGGUGAUUCAAAAGGGCUGUUUAGUCGUGAGCCGAGUCGUUGGUAAGAGUAGAACAGAGAGACAAGUCGUUCGUUAGUGAGAGCUGUGACAAUGUGUCGAGAAGAGUUGAACCGAUGCGUCCGAGUCCAGAGUAGAGUCGAGAGACAUAGUAUUUUUGUAUGAUGCACGGUAUGGCUUGUUGCCUCAGGAUUGUAUUCUUCUGCUGGAUGAACCGUGUAGCAACUGUGCUUUGUACCAAGUGGAUGUUUCAGUACAUGUAAAUAAAUACCUGAUUUGAAAUGGACUAGUCGGUGUUUGAGUUGCUUGACCGAGAGAGAAAAGAGAGACGAGAAUUAACCCUAAGGUCUGACACUAGGUUAGACAUCCGAGUAGUCACCAUCGGAGGCUGUACCCCCCCCCUCCCCCAAUUUGACAACGGGAGAAGGCUGUAACAUUAGAGAAGGCCGCAUCAUUUGAGAAGGCCGCAACAAUUAGACUUUAAGGUAGUAGCGACAUCGCCAUGAGCACGCAUGUUCUCAAAACUCUUUUUAACUACAGUUACAGGCGUGUGUUCUUAAAAAAAUCCAUUUUAGAAGCACCGAAACUCCCGUUUCUAACUCUUGCUUUAAAUAUUUUUGCAUGUAGGGUCAAGGACACAUCCCUUAUCAGCGACGGCCACCAAGUGUCUCCGGUUUACUUAAAAGAUAAAAAGGGAAACAACAACAACAUACCGGAGUUCAGGGUAUAGCAACACGAUAGUGUAGUUAAAUGACCAUAUUUCAACUUUUAUGACAUGAUAUUGGUGGGUGAUAAGGAAAUUUGUGAGUAAAAUGUUAGGCGAUGUGGUAUGGGGGGCGGGGGGGGGUGGUGGGGAGUUUGUUAUAACCUGUUAGUUUUGUUUUGGUUUGUCCUUUAUUUUUGUUCUAUUGCAACCAGUUUAAAGAAAUAUUUUAAGAGUAUUAAUUUUUUACUUAAUUUUAAAUGACCAUAUUUCAACUUUUAUGACAUGAUAUUGGUGGGUGAUAAGGAAAUUUGUGAGUAAAAUGUUAGGCGAUGUGGUAUGGGGGGCGGGGGGGGGGGUGGUGGGGAGUUUGUUAUAACCUGUUAGUUUUGUUUUGGUUUGUCCUUUAUUUUUGUUCUAUUGCAACCAGUUUAAAGAAAUAUUUUAAGAGUAUUAAUUUUUUACUUAAUUACAGUAGAGUUUUUGCUAUCAUGUUCUUUUUUUUUUAUUUAAAGAAAAACAAGUUUUUUAAUUUGUUGUACGGCUGUAUUAAACACUCACGAAUGUGAAAUAUAGCCCCUAAAAAUUCCACCUAAUAUAUUUCCUCUAGUAAUUCCAUAUAAAAUAUUGUGCCCUAAAAGUUCCACCUAAUAUAAUUGUAUCUAGUAAUUUCAUCUAAAAUAUUGUCCUUGAAAAUUUACCUAAAAUAUUGCCCUAACACCUCCACCUAAUAUUGCCAAUAAAAAAUUCCACCGAAAAUAUUGCCCCCAAUAAUAACACCUAAAAUAUUGCCUCUAAAAAUUCCACCUAAAAUAUUGCCAAUAAAAAUUCUACCUAAAAUAUUGCCCCUAAAAAUAAAUUUCACAUAAAAUAUUGCCAAUAAAAAUUCCACCUAAAAUAUUGCGCACAAUAUUCCACCUAAAAUAUUGCCAAUAAAAAUUCAACCUCAAAUAUUGCCAAUAAAGGCUCCACCUAAAAUAUUGCUUAUCCGAAAGCAAGAUGUAUCAGAUUUCCGAAUGUCAGCUAAGCAUGUCAAAUAUAUUUUUUCUUGAUAGAAGACUAGUCUAUUUAUUUCGAAUUUUUAUAAUAAAACAUGUUUUUAUGAGGCCUUAAUUACAUAUUGUUAUAAGUUAGCAGUGUUCAACUUAUUUUUUUAAAAUUUAUAAUUCUUAUUAUUGAUAAUACAUUACGAAUUAACCAAAAGAAAUAAUUCUCUUUUUAAAAAAAUCAUACUUUUACAUGUAUGAAACAACAUCUCACUAAGGGACGCUACUUGCAUUUUCAGCAGAUAGCGCUUAGCUCGGUAGCUGAAUGCCAGAGGGUCAAGUAGCCUGAGGCCUAUCGUUUAUAAAAAUAUUGUUCCCAUAUUCAUGCGCGUAUUAUCCAAAACCAUAACUUAAAAAUUUUUUUUGGUCAUUAAUUUCUAACAUGAUAAGGGAUUAUAUUAUAAAGUAAGUUACACUUAAUUAUUGUAAAUUACUGCUAGAAAACAAAUAAUGUAAUUUAUUUACGAAUAAGACCGUGGUUAAUAAUUAUUUACAGGGUUGUGGAACACACUGACAAUUUGAACAGAAUAAAUGGCGUCUCUAUCUGACUUUAUGUUCCAGCACUGGCAGGUCCCAUUGGGCAGACGGUUCCGGUCUCUAAAAGUAUGGUUUGUCCUCAGAAUGUUUGGUGUCAAAAAGCUUCAGGAUCUCAUAAGGAAGGUAGAUACCACUAAACAAUCGAUGAUACAAAAAUCAUGGGUUGGCGAUUUUAGUCAGUAUCAAAUUAUUGCAUUACUUCGAUUAAAAAUUGUAUAAUUAUUAUCUAUAGACAGCCGUACUGUUGGUAACGUAAGCAAUGACUUUUUUUGCCCAUUGCAAAAUUUUAUUUCUCACUGCCGAUUUCAUACUCCCAUUGAGUUUAAAGGGCCAUAACAAUUUUUUAAAACAUAUUAGUGCAGCAAAUUUUAGCUCUGUUCUCUUCUUGAACUAGAAAAUGCGUUAUCAUUAGUGACAAUCAAACUGAAUCAAGAACCACCCCCCCCCCCCCCCCCCCCCCCCCCAAAAAAAAAAAAAAAAAAACUCGCUCCGUCAAUAUAAAUCAGCGGCUCUCAAACUAUUUUAGGGGUCGAAAUACCCUUCUCCAGGAUUCGCUUCAGGCCAUCGGAAAACACCUGAAGUACUUUGCGGUUAAGAAGUAGCAACGAAAAAAAAUUUGUGAUUUGGGGUUGCCACAACACGAGGAACUGUAUUAAGGGGUCCCGACAUUAGGAAUGUUGAGAACCACUGAUAUACAUUAUAUGAUAAAAAAUGGGUGAAAAAUUAUGAUUUAAAAAAAAAAUUUAUGACUUUUUUUCAUUAACUUAAAUUGCAAUUAUACAUUAUUUUACAAAUAUUCGAUUGCUUUUUGUUAAAUAAAGAAGCAACUGUCUUAUUUAUUCCAUAGACUUGUUGGAGAAGGUAUGCAUCGUAUUUUACUGUAUUUUCUCGUUAAUUUUAGGAUGUGGCAUUGGCCAAGUUGUUUGAAGAAUGUGUCAAAAAAGAUGAGAGGUUCGAAAUGGUAAGGGAAGUCACCCUGGGGUUAGCAAGUUUUAGACUGAAGGUGAGUUAUCUUCCUAUUUUCCUUCCAUGUUUUAAACUGAAACGUCAAGACUCUCUUGUCUAUCAUCUCUGGGUUUGUGACAUUUUACCAGAAGUUUUGAUAUAAAUCGAUUAAAAUGGUAACUUUUUUUUUAAAAAUAGGAAUUAUUUAAUGGAUUAUCCAUAAUGAAUUUCCUUUAAACCAUGGAAAGAUAUCGCUACCCUAAAAUCAUUCAUGAAUUUGAUGCCGAGGUCCACGUUUAUCUUGCCGCAUACACACAAUUUAUGAUAAUAACAUAAUCGAAUGAUUACAUAAUUUAUUAGCCUAAACCAUAUUUUGUUGUUUAAAACUUGAUCAGGGUGACAAUGACGUCAAUGAAAGACUCGUCGCCAAGAUCAACCUGGACAGAAGGAUCCACCUGGUUCCGUCUAAGAUCAAAGAGACAUUCUUCCUACGGUUCGCCAUCUGCGCCGUGGACGCCCAAGCGUCCGAUGUGACGUACGCCUGGGGCGUUAUUCAAGAACUGGCCGACGCAAUAACACCCGUCGUCAAAGGACAUUAAUCAAAUGGUCAAGCGCCGAAUUGAUGCACAUUGGAUCAAUCAAUAUGUUAUAUUUUAAUGACUAUCAUUCUUUUUUUGUUUGUUAAGUUUUCUUUUCCAUUCAAUGUGAUGAUAAAAUUAUUUUCCAUAGUCAUACAUCGACUUCCUUUCGUCGAAUGUAAACUUAGUAACCUCAGUUCCUCGUAUUAAAACAUACAUUUCAUAUCUGUUAAUCCGUCAGUCAUUUGUGAAC